ACCUGCCUACCUAGGUACCUACGGAGCGGUCGGCCAUGCCAGGAGCUUGCCUUAUCGAUAAAGCAACGCCCUCGAUAUUUUUUUUACGUUGUGCCCGACCUUCCAACCCGCCUUUACCAACAACCCGCAACUAGGACUCUUAUCGAGCUCUCGAUGACGGCUACUCUUCUUCCGCCGGCGGCACCAUGACCGCCCGAGGAGGCCCCCGUCAGGACCUGAGCGAGAGCGUCCACCCGUCCGCGAAGCGAAAGCGCGCCGACACCGAUGAGCCCGUCCCUCUGAGCAAGAAGCCUCGUCUUGCGGCGAGCCUCAACCUAUCCUCCGCCGAGGACGUCAAGGUCCUGCAGGCCGUCGAGGCCAAGUACGACGUCCAAAUCCACUCGGUAAUCUCGUCUUACAAGAUACGGAAGAAGGUGACGUCCAUCCUGCGACAGCUCGUCGCGCCGCCGCCGAACGAAGCCGAUGGCCUCGCGACCGCUUCCGCCGCUCCGGCAGCCACGGCGAAGGUGGCCGUCCUGCGCGCCAAAGCAUCCGAUGCGAGCAAGCUUAUCUCGAUAGCCGAAAUCGCAAAGCGCGAGCUGGAGAAAGGGGAUCUUGGUGGCAGCGAUCGUUGGUUCCAAUACAUCGCGCUGGGCGAGCAGCUGGCGGAAACUCCCCGGAGAGAGCGCGAUGCUGUCGUCGAAGAGACGAAGCUAGGGGGUGCCGGCGCUGGUGAGGAUGACGGAGACGACUUCGAGAUUAUGAAGACCCCGCUCGAGAGAGCCCUCGAGGGCCGACCGCGACUGCGAGGCACGCCCGUCAUGAGCCUGUUUCUUUCCCAGACCUCGAUCGAAGAACUGAAGAAUCGCUUCGGCGAACAAAGCAACCUACACCCAGCAUAACGGCGCACCCCAGACUACACCCAUCGGAAGAAGUAGCGAUCACGGUAUAGAGGGCUAAAGACUGGACAUGUCGGAAUGAGGACCGUGAGGACCGAGAGGACCGAACAAUCUGUUUAUAGAGCUAACCACGCCACGAAACUCGAUCUGUAUUCUCUAAUCCGACCUCUCGUUCCACACUUGGUUCG